CUAGGCACUGACUGGCACAACCACUGGGCACUGACUGGUGGCACUGACUGGCAGCACUGCUGGGUGGCACAGGUGGGUGCACUGCUGGGCACAGGUGGGUGCACUGCUGGGCACAGGUGGGCGCACUGCUGGGCACAGGUGGGAGGAACUGGUGGGUGGCAUUGCUGGACACCGAUCAUCAGGGCACUGAUCAUCAGUGCCCUGAUGAUCGGUGCCGAUCCCUGCUCUGACAACUGCCGGUUCUCAGCAAUAUUUUCCUCACGCUCUUACAGCGUAAGUAAAGUGCAGACGAGAACCGGCAAUUGC